AUGGAGCAGAACCACAAGCUGCUAGCAGACAAGGGUCCUUACUACAACAAUCCGGUGAGGUUCAGGAGAGUUGUUGGUCGGCUAGUGUAUCUUUCGAUUAUUAGGCCUGAGCUGAGCUACGCGAUUCACGUCAUGUCGCAAGUGAUGCACAAGCCAAGGGAAGCUCAUUGGGAUGCAGUGGUGAGAGUUCUCAAAUAUUUGAAGGGGUGUCCUGGACAAGGUAUCAUGUUGAAGGCAGAAAGCGAUCUUCGUAUACACACCUUUUGUGAUUCGGAUUGGGCUUCAUGUCCUCUGAUGAGAAGGUCCCUGUUUGCGUUUGUGGUGUUGUUGGGUGACUCGCCCAUAUCUUGGAAGACGAAGAAGCAUGACACAGUCUCUCAUUCAUCAGCGGAGGCAGAGUACAGAUCGAUGGCAGCCACAUUGCGCGAACUAAAGUGGUUGAAACGUCUACUUGGAGACUUUGGAGUACGGCACAAUGACUCCAUGCAUAUGUUCUGUGAUAGCAAAUCUGCUAUAUACGUUGCCACAAACGAACCCUGUGUUUCACGAGAGGACGAAACACAUUGA